GGACCUGGAGCUGCAGGCCGCCCUGCCCGGCCUGCGCUGCCUGACCCGGGUGAGCAGCUCCGCGCGCUACCGGGCGCUGCGGGGGGCGCUGGGCCGCCUCUUCGACCGCCGGCCGGGGCUGUCGGGGGGAGCGGCGGCGGCGCUGGGGCAGCUGGAGGGGCAGGUGCGGGCGCUGCAUGCGAGCAUGCGGGAGCAGCGGCUGGCGAGGGAGGCGGAGGCGGGCGGGGCCGGUAGGGGCGGGCGGAGAGAUGGUGGUGGUGCUGCUGCUGCUGUGCCUAAUGGUACAGGCAGCAGCGGCGGAGGGAGCGGGAGUAGUGGGGCAAGGAGUGGGGGGAGUGAUGAUUAUGGCGAUGAUGACGAAGAAGACGAUGGGCUGCCGCUUGCCGCCAGCACACCCAUCCAGUACAACAAGAGGGCACCCGGG